AUGCCAGUCUUCGCCGUAGCCCUCGCCGGGCUCUUCAUCGGCACGCUUCUUGCAACCGCAGAUCACGUAUACGAAACGGAAGAACUCAUCGCCGCUGAAAACGCAGUGUGGGAAGAAGUCAUGGAGUCUCUUCAAGCGGAAGUCGACCCGUUCGCGCCCGCCCCAUACUUUUACCCCGCGUCCUCAUCGACGCCACGUGGCUCAUGUCCAUGCGCGCCAUGUUGGCCACCCACUCCUCCCAGCCCUCUGCCAUUCGACAUACGCGAUCCGGACCGCCGUGGAAAGGUUCUCCAGCUCACGCAGCAACUCGCCGGGCUCAGGUUGGGACGACCUUGCUCUCGACUGGCCACGCCGAGCGGGCCGGAGGGAAAACUAGAACCAGAUCCGUGGGAGUGUGAACAAGGCGUCUCCCAGUCCGCCACAAUAAGGCCGUACUCUUGUUCGGCCCCCCUCACCCCCGAGCGUUCUGUAUUGUUCAGCCUGGCAAAUGGGGUUGCCGAGGACAAGCGGGUGGAUGAGGGGCAGACUCCAAAGCUCAGUGCCGUUCGCACACACCGGCAAGCCACUCGCCCUGAGCCACGGACGGCCCAAGGUGCUGCAAAGCCUCAGACCCGGCGACACAAAGGUAGCAAGAGAACCGUGUAUUCUGAGCACCAUGUGGGAGCACCUCCACGAAAGGGAAAUUCGUAG